AUAGAGAAGUAUGCAUUCAGCGAUGUUGGAUGUCUUUUGCAAGUCAAGUUCUACCAAACGAGUUGUUCGACCCAAGAAGCUUCGAUGAACACGCGUUCAGCCACAAAAAUCGGAAUUGGAAUUCAUCCUGUCUUAAUUAUAUUCUCACAAAUGUAAAUGCAAUAGGAAAAAAAUGGAACUACACAACCCAUGAUGCCAUUUGCGCAGCAUCGCUCGCUUUAAGACACCCCCGCUUAGCCACCCGCAUCAGCUGUUGUGCUACCAAGCACCCACCACAGCAUCCAUCCGUACUCCAACGAUGUGGGUUUUCUUAUUUCUCGCCGGCCUCGCCGCGGUGACGUUCCUGGUGGUUUUAUUCGCUCCUUACAUACGAAGAUAUGCGGCAGGAGGCGUGUGCAUAUCGUCUGCUCGUCUGGACGGGAAGACGGUACUCAUCACUGGGGCCAACACAGGCAUCGGGAAGGAGACUGCCCUGGACCUGGCCACUCGAGGGGCUCGGGUGGUGAUGGCGUGCCGGGAUGUGGACAAAGGCGAGGGGGCAGCAGCCAGCAUUCGGGCGGCGUACCCUGAAGCAAAGGUGGAGGUUCGGGAGCUAGACUUAGCUGACACUUACUCCAUCCGAUCCUUUGCGCAACAAUUCCUUCGAGACUUCACCCAGCUUCACAUUCUCAUCAACAAUGCGGGGGUAAUGAUGUGUCCCUACACAAAGACUAACGACGGCUUCGAGAUGCACAUCGGUGUCAAUCACUUAGGUCACUUCCUGUUGACGUCACUGCUGGUGGGCCUACUGGAGCGCAGCGCUCCGGCGCGGAUCGUGGUGGUCUCAUCGCUGGCGCACAACUUUGGCUGGAUCCGCUUGCACGACCUGCACAGCCAGGGAAGCUACAACAGUGGACUGGCAUACUGCCAGAGCAAGCUGGCCAACGUGCUCUUUGCUCGAGAGCUGGCAAGACGUCUUAAAGGCAGCAACGUGACGGUAAAUUCGGUCCACCCCGGCACAGUGAACUCGGACCUGACGCGUCACUCCACCCUGAUGAUGAUCAUCUUCAGCGUCUUGUCCGUCUUUCUGAAGACGCCCCGUGAGGGCGCCCAGACCAGCAUUUACUGCGCCGUGGCUGAGGAGCUGCACUCCAUCUCGGGGAAACACUUCAGCGACUGCAGCCCCGCCUUUGUGGCCCCACAGGGGAGGAGUGAGGAGACUGCCCGGCGUCUCUGGGACGCCAGCUGCGAGCUCCUCGGCAUCCAGUGGGACUAACUGAAAGACUUUUAUUCGUCACUUUUAUUCAGCUAGUGUAGUAUUUUUAAAGCAAAAACAACAACAACAACAAUAAGACAUUUCAGUGACACAAUGUGAAGGCGGGGCAGCUGGACGUAUUGCCACACUGUGAACGGUCCAAGCAGGGUUCAAUGACCAGCAUCUUUUAAAUGUAUCCGAUAUUUUAGCUUAUUUUUACGCAUAUUUGCAGCUAAAACUGCUUCACGUGUGUGCCAAAAUCUCACAGGGCUUUUUCUCCCCCUCAAACAAUUAAUAAGAUAAAUGUUACUUUAAAGUAAUGACAGAAAACAACACCAAGAGUAGUUGGUAGGUAGGUAGGACAAACUGGACGAGGAGGGUCCAUUUGUGCGAUCCCACCAGGAUGCUGACAGUUUACAUGUGUGCUUUUCUAUACCAGUCAGGUUCGUUUGCCUUUUGAACCACACGUAACGUUCACAUGCAGAGUUGAAUGUUUACAUUUCAUGUAAAUAAACCGUUACCAUUCA